AUGCCGAAGCGCUCAAACGUCAGCCUCUUGACAGAGGGCGCGGCCUACAUACAGCGCAAGAAGAAGGCUCGCCAGGACCAGGUUGAGGAGAUCAAAUUCGACGAUGAGGCUCGAAGGGAAUGGCUGACGGGCUUCUCGAAGAGGAAAAAGCAGCGUGUCGAGGAGCGGAGGAAGCGUGCUAAGGAGCGUGACCACCAGGAGCACCUCGAGGAGCGGAGGAAAGCGCGGCAGGAGCUGAAGGAGCGUGCGGCUCAAAACGUGAAGGAUGUGCGUGCGGCGCUGGGUCUGCCGGAACUGCAAGUGAUCGUCCCAUGUCGCCCAAGCCUUCAUGUUUGUGUUAUCGGAGCUAACGAGACAGAAUCCGACGACGAGUCCGAGGAGGAGCAGGAACAGAUCGAGGAGGCGUACUCGGAUGACGACCAGGAGGCGCUCGUGACGAUCACGGAAGGCUUCGACCCGACCUCCGAGGCGCGCUCAUACCACUCUUCCUCUGAUGAGGAGGACGAGGAGAAGAUGGUGAAGAGGAAGAGCGGUGUCGACCUGCUGCCUGCCUCGUCUAAGCGUGCCGAGGCCAAGGCCAAGUCAAAGGCGAAGGCGAAGGCGGAGAAGGCCGAGGCGAAGAAGAGCCGCAGCAUGGAGACGCCCGCUGAGCGCCGACGAGCGAAGGAGUACGAGGCACGCAAGCGCCAGAAGAAGUUUGAGAAGGAACGCGAGCGCAACGGCGGCGAGAUUCCGCGGUACUCGAAGAGCAGCAAGGGCAAGCCGGGGAAGAAGGGCGGCAAGCCGACGAAGGGCAAGAGGAAGUAG